UAAGGGUGUGAAGUUGAGUUAGAGGAGGAUAUUGCUGAUGGUGGAGAGGGAUUAGAUAUAAAAUAGAAGAAACUUUUUUGAUGUAGAGGGAGAGGAAGCAGUGGCUUUUGCUCUAAUAAAGAAAUAGACCAAAAGGAAAAAAUACUCCCAUUUGGAGGAACAGAGACGGUGGUGGCCUUUGAGCCUCUGCAAGACACUUUCUCUUUAUCUUCCAAAAUCUUCCUGGAUCCUCAUUCAUCAUCGAUCCUAUCUGGGUUUGAUCCCGGGUGUUUGAUUUUUCUUGUUUGUUUGUUGGGUUUUUAUUGUUUUUUUUAUUUUGGGUGUUUUUUUUUUUAAUUUAUGGAAUUGUGAAAUCGAGGGUAUUAGAUUUGUGGGUUUGGGUGUUUUGAUUUUGUGGGAAUUGUGAAAGGGGAGGUGGGGAUUGGGGAUUGGGGAUUUGGGUGUGGAUGGAUCUAAUCAGUGUGGUUUUGUGAGUGGUGGUGGAGUUCGUGGAUGAGGAGGAUGGGAUUGGAGUCUUCUGGUGAAUUUGAUGGAUUAAUGCGUCGCAGUCGUUGACUGAGUGAAUCUUCAAUCUGUUUAGAUUGAGAUUGGAUAGGAUUGGCUUGGUGGGGUUUUUGAUUGGAUUCGACUCAGGUCAUGGAUGAUGAUGGGGUGGGUGCUAGUAAGGAUGCCCAACCUCAGCACUCUGAUCAGGCAACCUCGUCGUCGUCGUCCUCCGCCGAAUCGGAAUCGAGAUGGCGCCCAAGCAAGCUCGUGUUCGCUCCUUAUUCGCCUUCCCUUGAAGCUGCUACCAAGUCUCAAGCUCUGCGAGUGGUUGUGAGAAGGCCUUUGGUGGCAAGGCUAACCAAGGACAUAGUUGAAACAUACCAGAUAUGUAAUCCACAGUUCAAGUAUUCAGAAGAAUUGAAUCCAAAGCGAUUCUUGACCAGUCCAUCGAUUGGUGUUUUAAAUGAUGGCCAUGAUAAUGUGAAUUCGGAUCUUAUACUGGCUGUCAACUCAGUCUUGGUCAAUUCAGAAACACAGAGAAGAUACAUCAUCAAAGAUAUUCUUGGCCAUGGGACAUUUGGGCAGGUUGCUAAAUGCUGGGUUACAGAAACUAACAGUUUCACUGCUGUUAAAAUUAUUAAAAAUCAACCUGCAUACUAUCAACAAGCCCUGGUUGAAGUCUCUAUUCUGACUACAUUAAAUAAGAAGUAUGAUCCCGAGGAUAAGAAUCACAUUGUUCGUAUCUAUGAUUACUUUGUUCAUCAGCGUCAUUUGUGCAUUGCUUUUGAGUUGCUUGACACAAAUCUGUAUGAGCUUAUCAAGAUAAACCAUUUUCGGGGGCUAUCAUUGAGCAUUGUUCAGUUGUUUUCAAAACAGAUAUUGCGUGGAUUGGCUUUGAUGAAAGAUGCUGGUAUUAUUCACUGUGAUCUGAAGCCAGAAAAUAUUCUCCUAUGCACGAGGGUGAAGCCAGCAGAAAUCAAAAUUAUCGACUUUGGAUCUGCCUGUAUGGAAGAUCGAACUGUUUACUCCUACAUUCAGAGUCGAUACUAUAGGUCUCCUGAAGUUCUUCUCGGCUAUCAGUAUACUACGGCUAUUGACAUGUGGUCUUUUGGGUGUAUAGUUGCUGAGUUGUUUCUAGGGUUGCCGCUAUUUCCCGGAGCUUCAGAAUUUGAUCUUCUAAGGCGAAUGAUACAAAUACUUGGGGGACAGCCCCCUGACUAUGUACUAAAGGAGGCAAAAAACACUAGUAAAUUCUUUAAGUGCAUUGGGAGUUUCCAUCAUGUAGAGAAUGGUGAUGUUUCUAUGGGUGGCAGAAGUGCUUAUCUGGCCUUGUCAGAAGAAGAUUACGAAGCUAGGGAGUUGAAAAAACCGUCAAUUGGAAAAGAGUAUUUCAUUCAUAAGAACCUUGAAGCAAUUGUUACAAACUACCCUUACAGAAAGAACUUGGCUGAGGAAGAUAUUGUCAAAGAAAGUCGAGUUCGGUUGGCACUGAUUGAUUUCUUGAGGGGACUGGUUGAAUUUGAUCCUGCAAAGCGGUGGUCACCUUUUCAGGCUUCAAAACAUCCUUUUGUGACAGGCGAACCUUUCACAUGCCCUUACAGACCUCCUGCAGAGACUCCUCGUGUGCCUGUUGCUCAAAAUGUUAAGGUGGAUCAUCACCCAGGUGGAGGCCAUUGGUUUGCUGCUGGUCUCUCUCCUAACAUUCCAGGCAGAAAUAGAGCUACCCUGCAUAACAGCCCACAUUUUCAGGUUGUGCCAUAUGCACAUGCCAGUAGUUAUGGCAGUUUAGGAAGCCAUGGUAGUUAUAAUGAUGGUACUGGGCUUGGAAGCAGCUAUGGAAGUUAUGGAGACAAUAGCAAUAUGUUUGCAUAUUAUUCACCUGCUGGUCCGUCUGCAAUGAACAUCCAUGCACAGGGUGGUGUCUCAAUGCUUGGAACAAGCCCUGAUGCGAGGCGGAGGAUUAUUCCAUUCCCACAUGGAAAUGGACUUGGUGUAAGUCCAUCUGCAGGAAAUUUUGCACCAUUGCCUCUUGGAACCAGUCCCUCACAAUUUACUCCUCCGAACUCCUAUAGCCAGGUUUCAACUGGUUCUCCUGGACACUAUGGGCCGACUUCUCCAGCAAGAGGCAGUUGUCAUGGAUCACCUUUAGGGAAAAUGGCUGCAGUUAGCCAGUUCAACAGAAGAAAAAGUUGGGGAUAUUCUGGAAGUUUGCAAUCUCAAGAGAGUUCUUCAUCUGCACAUUGGCAGGGGCAUUUUACUGAUGGUACGAGCUCUAACCAAUCUGAGGGAAACUCUCAAGCAUUUGGUGGCUCCCCAUUGCAUCUGCAAUCAAACUCUAAUGCCACAAGCUGGAAGCAGCAGCGAGGUGGCAGUGGAAUUGCUUUCCAGAACAUUCCAAGUUCCUUUACACUUGGUUCCAAUGUACAAUUUGCACAAACUGCGGGUGUGGUUCAUGAAAAACCGGAAUCUAGCCUUUUGCUGCCUGAUCCUGGAGAUUGGGAUCCCAACUAUAGUGAUGAACUUCUUUUGCAAGACGAUGGUUCGGACAUGGCCACCGAGUUUAGCAAAGGGAUGCAUCUUGGUCAAAAUUUUGGUUCUGCAGAGCCAUUAGUUGGAGUUGGAAGAUUCGGCCAUGCCUCAAGCACAAGCUCAAAUACAUCCAGGCCCAUUCAACCAUUUUCGCAUGCAGAGGUGGGCAGCCCUCCUACCCAUGAUCCACAUGCUGGAUAUGUGCGGCCCAUGUCAAAGCCUUCACACUUCGUGCCUCAUAUAUCACAAAAUUCUCCUAGCCGUUUGGGGCAACAACCCAUUCAGCGGUUAAAUCAUGGGAGAUCAACGGCUGGUCGUGGUAGUGACUGGAGUCAAACUAAGCCCAGUCCUCCCAAUUUUAGCUCUGGGGGUCCACGUUCUCCUGGGAAUAGCUCGUUCAGCAAUGGCAUGUCAUGGGGGGGGAACGGAUGAGCUUAAUGCCAUCUUAACCAAUCCUGGCAUUCUGUUGUAGGGCGUCGGGCCAAUCAUCCUGUCACCAACUUACCGCCAACAUCCUAUGGAAGAAAAGACUAUGGAAGGAUUGCGUAAUGUUGAAACUAGCUUAAUCUCCAUUGCAAGGGUUUAUGUAUUGAGAGUUGGCGAGGGAAGUUGUACUCAAUAGUUCCACCUGCUUUGUGGGCUCAUGCGAAGAAAAUCCUCUUCAAGACCAUGCUCAUUCAUUGUGCUUGCAUAAAUAUAUAUAUAUAUAUAUUUUAUGAUUAUGGUUUCCA